AGAGAGGCAAGAGACAAAUUCUCUGUAAUUGUAUCUGCCUGAAAUCAUCAAUAAACACAUCUAGCCGCCGUGGAAGUUUACUCACGGGGUGUUACCACGUUAUUUCACGUGUUUCACUUUCUCUCUACUUUUACUCUCUCGUUUUUUCUUCUCCUUCUUCAUCGGAUUUCUAUGAGUGUUCUUGAUUCGAUCCUAACAACUGGUAUUAGAGCUCAGGAGAAUCAACACGAUCACUGAAGAUGGAGAGUUCGAAGGUUGGAAUCGAGAAGUUUGAUGGAUCUGAUUUUGGUUUCUGGAAGAUGCAGAUCGAAGACUAUCUGUACCAGAAAGAUCUUCACGAACCCUUGACUGGGGUGAAGCCGGAUUCCAUGACAGAGGAGCAGUGGAAGCUCAAGGAUCGUCAGGCGUUAGGGAUGAUCCGGUUGACUUUGACGAAGAACGUGGCGUUCAACAUAGUGAAAGAGAACACUACAGCGGGUCUAAUGAAGGCCCUAUCAAAUAUGUACGAAAAACCAUCUGCGAUGAACAAGGCGUUGAUUUUGCUGUCAUCUAUGCCCGAGUCUUGGGAUACUGUUGUUGCUGCAAUUAGUAGUUCUCGUGGGUCUGAGAAGCUGAGGUUCGAUGAAAUCCGUGAUGUUGUUCUUAGCGAAAGGGCUGUUUGGCAACUUCUGAAUGGGUAAGUGCUGAACCAGUAAGAGGUCUGAACCAUUAAGUGCUGAACCAGUAAGAGGUCUGAACCAUUAAGAGCUAGUAUAUUGCUUAACUAUUCAGAGGCAAAUGUCUGAUCAAUUCAGAUAAGAGGUCUUAACCAUUCAGACUCUGUAUAAUACUUAACCAUUCAGAGGCAAAUCUCCUAACCAUUCAGACAUCUGAACCAUUAAGAGGCUGAAACAAACAGNACAUGAGCUUGGAGAAGAUAGAGGGUGCAAAGAACCCGGCAGACAUGUUGACAAAACAUGUUGAUGUUGGGAAACUGGGGUUGUGCAAGACCUCGGUUGGUCUUCUGUAGUUGUUCACUACAGAUGUUGCGGUGCGGUGAAGAAAUUGAUGAUGUUGGC